AUGAAUGGAAUAGAUGGCCGAUGCAUGCAGCAGCGCAUGCAACAUGAGUUACUACAUAUGGAUAGGAGCUCCUCGGGAGCUAUAAGGGACUCGAGAUUUGCUUAUAGUGGAGGUAUAUGCUCUCAGACAUCGACUGAGAGCAUUUCUGCUGCUCCGCUUCAGCUUCUGCAGAGACAACAGAGCAGUGGCAGCUGCACCAGCAGCACCGGCGACAGCACCUGUUGCUGCUCUGCAGCUGCGGAGGCUCCUAGCCGCAGUGGGUCGUUGCUACUGCAGGUCGACCAGGCAAACAACAUUUCCUCUAAAGGAUUCAAAGAAAUUGCUUCCGCCAUCGGCAGUUUAAGGCACCUGCAGCAUCUCCGCCUUGACUGGAACCCCAUAGGCUCGGACGGUGACAGCAGCAAUACUUCUGCUGUGCAGCUACUCUGCGACAGCAUAUAUGGGCUGAAGGCAUUGGAAUCUUUGUCUUUAGUGCACUGCCAGUUGGGGCAUCGGGCUGCAGAUGCCAUCAGCGGACUCAUAUUGCAAAACAGCAAGAGCCUCAGAGAGAUACACCUAAGAAACAACGCAAUGGGGGAAGAAGGUUGUGCACAACUAGCAGCAGCAAUGAAGAUGAAUAGAUGUCUUACUACUCUCGAUCUUACGGGCAACGGGGCGCGGCCUUCGACGCUGUGCGAAGUAUCCAAGUGCUGCGCUGAUAACAGCAAGUUGCUGCACUUGCUGCCGCUGCAGCAGCAGGAGAUCACCGGUUUGCACCAUAGCAACAAGCAGCAACACCAAAAGCAGCAGCAACAAGCCGAUGAUUAUGUCGCUAGAAUUGAGGCGGAGCUGAAGAGUACAGAGCAGGGAAGCCUUGAGGAGAGGUAUAAAGAGCUCUAUGAAUCCCGUCUCCUGGCGCAGCAGCAGAAGCUGCAGCUGCAACAGCAGCAGCAACAGCUAGAGCAGCAGCAACAACAGCAAGCUUUGCUGCAAAGACAAAUCCACGACAGGCAGGACACUAACGAGAAACUCCUAAGCGAUCUUCAGUGCUGCGCUAACUUCUGUUCUUCAAUUCGACUGCAGCAGCGGGAGCUACAGCUGCAGCAGAAGGAGUUGCUGCUGCAGCAACAACAGCAGGACACCGCACGGCUUCAGGCGGAACUCGAGCAGCAGCAAAACGCGGCGGACCGGCGGCAGCAAAUGCUGCAGCAGGAAGUUGACAGACUGCAGCAGCAGCAGCGGCAGCUUCAGAAGCAGUUGCUAGAGGAGAAAGACAAGCACAUGAAGCAGCAGGAUGGAACUCUGCAGCAGCAUCAACAGCUGCAGCAGCAGCAGCACCAGCAGCAACAGCGCAUCCUCGAGCUGCAGCAAGAGCUGCAGCAAGAAGCACAGCGCCGCCUCCAGGGAGAAAAGGAAGCCUUAGAAGAGAAGCAAAACAUUACAGCGAACCUGACAAAGACUCAACAACAAGUGGGGGAACUGAAGCAACGGCUGGAAGAGAGGCGGGAGACGGAAGAGUUGCAGCUCCAGCAGCAACAGCAGCUGGAGCAGCGGAUAGCUGAGCUGCAGCAGGAAGCAGCAGCAGCAGCAACGGCAGCAGAACAGAUGCAAACCAAGAUACGUCAGCUAGCAACAAAAGCCGCAGCAGCAGAAGCAGAGCAGCAGCGACAGCGCGAUCUCCUUAACGCUCGGCAGAAGGCGCUGGAGCAGCUGCAGCAGCAGGUAAAGGAUGAACAGCAGAACCACCUGAAGGCGCAGGAGCUGCUGAAGUCAACAGCUGCACAAGCAGCAGCCAAGGCAGAUGAGCAGCUGCAGCAAGCGCAACAACAGCUGCAGCAGAGGGAGCAACAGCAACAGCAGCAGCAGCAGCAGCUCCAGUUUGCACAGGCCGAAGCAGCGAAGCACGAAGGGAAUCUUAAGGCUUUAAGGGAGGCCCACGCACAGCUAAAGGAUGAGCUGAGAAAGUCACAGAGCGAGUGUCAGCGAGCUCAAGAGGAAGGGCGCUUGGCAGCAGCACGGCAGCAGCGACAGCAGCGGGAGUGGCAAAGCCAAAGAGAAGAUCUUUGCAUGCGUUUGUAUAGCAGCAUAGAGCUGCUGCAGGGAGUAUUAACUGCUGCGAAGCAGCAGGAGAUGGAGAUGCAGGCCAUUUAA